AUGAUCCAAGUUUGCUGGCAUACUGCUGGCAUAUUGCUAGCAUUUUGCUACCUGGGAUGUUAUGAUCCAGUGCAAGAAUUAAUAGAUUCUUCAUCGUCUGAUAAAAGUGAAGAUGAAGAAUUAAAAAUAUUGGAAAGAUACAAAAAUCCUAGAAGGCACGUGAAGAGAAUAGAGAAUUACGUAGAAGAAAUAAUACCAGGAUUAACAAAGGAAGAAUUUAAAGCCCAUUUCAGAUCGAUUUGUGAGCGGUUCAAUUUUGGCAGAAGCACUGCACUAUGUAUAACAAGACGAGUUGUAAGAGCACUCGUUCAGCUUGCACCUGUUGUAAUUAAAUGGCCCACAGGUGAACGAUUAAAUGAAGUGUGGACAGGGUUUGAAAGCACAAGUGGUUUUCCCAAAGUAAUUGGUGCUAUAGAUGGUACCCACAUCAAUAUUCCAGCCCCAAGAGGCAAUCCUGAAUCUUAUGUAAAUCGAAAAGGUCAUCAUUCUAUCCAACUUCAGGCUAUUUGUGAUCAUAAGGGUUUAUUUACUCAUUGUUAUGUUGGACACGUUGGAUCUGUCCAUGAUCAGCGCGUGUUCCGUCAGUCUGAAGGGCAAAGUUACUUGGGAGAUAUAACAAAAUUUCCGCAAGACAGUCAUUUAGUUGGUAAUCUGGCAUAUAAGCUACAUGAAAACUUACUCACACCAUAUCGAGACAAUGGUCAUUUAACACGACGCCAACAAAAUUACAAUUUCUGUCACGCUUCAUCAAGAGUUGUUAUCGAAAGAGCAUUUGGGCUUUUAAAAGGAAGAUUUCGAAGUCUUUUAGCAAUACUUGCAAUGGCUCGAACCGACUUGAUACCAAUGCACAUUCUUGCUUGUUGCGUAUUACACAACAUCUGUUUAAUGAAAGGAGAUGAGUUUAAUUUUAAAAUAAAUGAAAACGUAGAGAUUAUAAUUGAUGUGGCGGGCAACGAUGAAAAUGUUCCUCAUAUUGCUAAUGCAGCUACUGCCAAAAGAGAUAUGAUAUGCCAAACAUUAAAAAUUAGACAUGUAUAG